AUGGCUGUUUUAUCCUGCCAAUUGUUUUAUCCUCAAAGCUGUUGCGACCGGUCUGUUGCAGCGAAAGCAGUUCAUCCAGCUACUUGUCCAACUAUAGCAGUUAUAUCUAGCAAACAAGAUUCUUGGUCGUCUUCAGUGCCCGAUUUAAGCCAAGACGCUGCCCUAGCUGUCGAAUCGCUCAUAUUGGGCCUCUGCUUGGCGGGAAAGACCGAAGAGAGGGAACUCAAGAUUGCGUUGACAUCAGCCGUCCAGCUGAGUCGUGUCGCCGGACCAGAAAUCAGGGACACCAUCAUUGAUUGCCUCACUCGCCUUUUGCUUCAAUCUUCCGGUUCCACGUUAGUCCUGCUGUGCCAGGCCCUGGCUGCCAUCGGAGACACCCAACCGUCCGUCAUUGUACCAGCAUUGGUUGACAUCAUGUCAAUGCUCAAGAAACUCACCGUUCAAAGCGAUCAAGAGUUGUUGGCAAUUCCUUUGUUGUGCGUUCUCAUGUUCCAGACGCACGCCUCUCAUUGUUGGUCUCAACAGGCCAGCGAAGUGGUCCACGAAGUCAUCUUUAGGGUCAACUUGUGGGUGGCUUUCCGAAUCGCCCGCUCUGCCACAAGAUACGGUCACCAUUCCAUUGCCCACAAUAUACUGGAUCCCUUGCUGGGUCACAUUUUGACAAAGCAUCUCUACUUUUGGAUUCAAGGAUUGCGCGAUUUCACCCUGGCCGAAUCUCACCUGAGUUGCGGCACUGGAUCCGAUGCUGUAGCCGUUGAAAGAUUAGUGUUGGCCUCGAAGCUUUAUCUGCAAGGAUUGUCUUCACUGAAGGCAGCCACCAGCCCCGUUCUUCAGUUUCAAGCCGAAUUCGGCCGAUUGCGAGUCGAAUUCCUGUCGGCGUGCUCUCAACUUGUCCAGGCUUGUCGAACGCUUCAGACAGCCCCGCCGUCGGCCAUCGCUCACGCCGUAGUGGCUGCCACCCGAGAGAGACGAACUGCAGCGCUGCGGUCGAAUUACUCACCAGCUGAGGAAGUCGGUGUUGGUGCUCCGGCAGGUGGCCGAAGUCUGUCCAAGCUGGGACAGAGCGCCUUCGACGCCGACCAGGAGAGCCUCACGAAUUUGCAGCUAUAA